GACACUGACACUUGACAGUGCCAGUUCGUCAGACUCAGUGAAGGCUACGACGACUUGCAGUGUCUCAAACACAAUUAACAAUGGCUUUCUAUUGUUGCGGCAGAUUGGGUGGUAGGUCUGUGCUUGGCAACGUCAGCAGGUUGCCUAAUUUGCUGGGUACCGCUCAGUACGCUCAGGCGGCGGGGGUGCCUAAGAUAACUUUUAAAAAGUUUGAGCCAGAGAAGAUUGAACACCAUGAUAUUAGGAAUGAGCGUCUGCACCGCCCAAUGUCGCCGCAUCUCACGAUAUAUGCUCCUCAACUGACCAGCAUGUUGUCUAUUACCCAUAGAAUUGCAGGUAUGAUGCUGUCUGGCUACGCUACAGUAUUAGGUGUAGGAGCAUUAGCCCUGCCUCACGAUGUUUCCCACUAUGUUACCAUGAUCGAAGGCCUCAACCUGUCACCGGCAACUAUCUUCCUAGCAAAAUUCAUCAUUGCUGCACCUUUCGGAUACCACUUUGCCAAUGGACUGAGGCAUCUGUACUGGGACACUGCAAAGGGCUUGACUAUUAAGGAAGUCUACACAACCGGCUACGCUAUGUUGGCUACGGCAACGGCUAUCACUGUUCUCUUAGCUUGUCUAUAAAUAUAUAGUCUCAUUAGAGUAAAACAUCAUUACAUUUUGGUAUUCUAUUUAUUUUCCAUGUAAAAAUGCAAUAAAUUUAUUGAAAUCAGA